CAAUGGAAAAAAUAUCCUCAAGUGCGGAUUAGCAAAACAAACAAACAAAAAGAAGUAUGGACUGCUUUUUCUAUUUGUAGUAUUGACAUUUUUAUGCUAAUGGUUAUGACUACCAUCUAUAUUUCCAUUUCUGGGACAUAGGAGACAGCAUUUUGCUCACAUUCUGUACUCAGACGCAACAUGAUGCCUGGUCGUUAGUAGACUCACAGUAAAUGCUAAGUGAUUGAGUGUUCUUGUAGAAACAUAUGUACUUUUUUUUUUAAGGAACAAGAAAGAAACAUAAAAUGACUAGCGAUUUAUCCUGUAGUUCUACUGCUUUGGUUGUUUGCAGUAGACAGGCCUUAUGGAAUCACUAGUGUCCCUCUCUUAAGAUGAAAAUUGGAACUUCUUUGACCUAGGCAACAUACAUGAGCUUUUGUUUUCCUUCUUUCUCCCAUGUUCCUUCCCUCUUUAUUCCUUUUUUGGCUUGUCUUAGAAAUAAUUUAAGGCAACUCGGACUCUUGAUCUGUGCUGUACAGUGAGGAGGGUAAGGCAGAAGUAUUCUCUUCUGUGAAAUUCUAGACACUUAUUUUGGAACCUUUGUAAUACUCAUUUUUCCUGAAACUCUAAGAAUCAUUUUUUUGAGGCAGCCUAUGCUACCAAGAAUAGCUAGGAGAAGCGGAGCUCUUAGUUUCAUCUCUUUGCUGAUUUUGCAGAGGAAAUUGGUAUGGGUAUGUGUGCUUUUCCUAAUCUUUGAUAUCUCACCUUUCCCAUGUACUAGAUAUUGUCUAUGACUUACCUGUGAGAUCUUUAAAUAAAGAAUCUGAAGUAAUGUCUCCAAAGCACUUCAAGCUCAUCAGGAAAAAAGAGGUACUCUCUAAACUCAGAUUAUAAUUAUUAAUCAUACUUUCCUUUCCACUUCUCUGCCCUGGGUUUGCCUUCAGCUCUGCUCUGGCUGCCAGGAUUAACACACGGAAAGUAACCGACCAUCCCUCCCAGCCCUCUCCUGGCACAGUGGCACAGACUGGAGAUUAAUCUGACAGUGUCAGGCGGACCAACAGCCAUCCCAUUGCCCCCUUUGUUGGGGCUGCUGAGGGUGGGGAAGCAUGGAGGAGAGUAAGAAUGAGAUGAUGAAUCAAGCGCACACCCUCUUUGACCGGUUUGUGCAGGCUACCACCUGCAAGGGGACCCUUAAGGCCUUCCAAGAGCUCUGUGACCACCUGGAACUGAAGCCUAAGGACUAUCGCUCCUUUUAUCACAAGCUCAAGUCCAAGCUCAACUACUGGAAAGCCAAAGCUCUCUGGGCAAAGCUGGACAAACGGGGCAGCCACAAAGACUACAAAAAGGGAAAAGCAUGCACUAACACCAAGUGUCUCAUCAUUGGAGCUGGCCCCUGUGGUCUCCGCACAGCCAUCGACUUAUCCUUACUGGGAGCUAAGGUGGUCGUUAUUGAGAAACGAGAUGCCUUCUCUCGCAACAAUGUCUUGCAUCUCUGGCCAUUCACCAUACAUGAUCUGCGAGGUUUGGGUGCCAAGAAGUUCUACGGCAAGUUCUGUGCUGGAGCCAUUGACCAUAUCAGUAUCCGUCAGCUUCAACUAAUACUUUUGAAAGUAGCAUUGAUCCUAGGCAUUGAAAUCCAUGUCAAUGUGGAAUUCCAAGGACUUGUACACCCUCCUGAGGACCAAGAAAAUGAACGGAUAGGUUGGCGGGCACUGGUGCACCCUAAAACCCAUCCUGUGUCAGAAUAUGAAUUUGAAGUGAUCAUUGGAGGGGAUGGCCGUAGGAACACCUUGGAAGGAUUUCAUCGGAAAGAAUUUCGAGGCAAACUGGCCAUUGCCAUUACAGCAAAUUUUAUUAACCGAAAUACAACAGCAGAAGCCAAAGUAGAAGAGAUCAGUGGAGUGGCUUUUAUAUUCAACCAAAAAUUUUUUCAGGAGCUGAGGGAAGCCACAGGCAUCGACUUGGAGAACAUUGUCUACUACAAAGAUGACACGCACUAUUUUGUUAUGACAGCCAAAAAGCAGAGCUUAUUGGACAAAGGUGUGAUACUGCAUGACUAUGCCGACACAGAGCUCUUGCUUUCCCGGGAGAAUGUGGACCAAGAGGCUCUGCUGAACUAUGCCAGGGAAGCAGCAGACUUCUCCACCCAGCAGCAGCUGCCAUCUCUGGAUUUUGCCAUCAAUCACUAUGGGCAGCCUGACGUGGCCAUGUUCGACUUCACUUGUAUGUACGCUUCAGAGAAUGCCGCCUUGGUGCGAGAACAGAACGGACACCAGUUACUAGUGGCUCUGGUUGGGGACAGCCUCCUAGAGCCUUUUUGGCCAAUGGGAACAGGAAUUGCCCGGGGCUUUCUAGCUGCUAUGGACUCUGCCUGGAUGGUACGAAGUUGGUCUCUAGGAACAAGUCCCUUGGAAGUCCUGGCAGAGAGGGAAAGCAUUUAUAGGUUGCUGCCUCAGACCACCCCUGAGAAUGUGAGUAAAAACUUCAGCCAAUACAGCAUAGACCCUGUGACCAGAUAUCCCAAUAUUAACAUCAACUUCCUCCGGCCAAGCCAGGUGCGCCAUUUAUAUGAUACUGGAGAAACAAAAGAUAUUCACCUAGAGAUGGAGAACCUGGUGAAUUCCCGAACUACUCCAAAGUUGACUCGCAAUGAGUCUGUACCUCGUUCAAGCAAACUGCUUGGUUGGUGCCAAAGGCAGACAGAUGGCUACACAGGGGUCAAUGUGACAGAUCUCACCAUGUCUUGGAAAAGUGGCCUGGCUCUGUGUGCAAUUAUUCAUAGAUACCGCCCUGAUCUGAUAGAUUUUGAUUCUUUGGAUGAACAAAAUGUGGAGAAGAAUAACCAGCUGGCCUUUGAUAUUGCUGAAAAGGAACUGGGCAUUUCUCCCAUCAUGACAGGCAAAGAGAUGGCCUCGGUUGGGGAGCCUGACAAGCUGUCCAUGGUGAUGUACCUGACCCAGUUCUAUGAGAUGUUCAGAGACUCACUCCCCUCCAGCGAUGCCUUGGACUUGAAUGCUGAGGAGAAAGCAGUCCUGAUAGCCAGCACCAAAUCCCCCAUCUCCUUCCUAAGCAAACUUGGGCAGACUAUCUCUCGGAAGCGUUCUCCCAAGGAUAAGAAGGAAAAGGAUUUGGAAGGUACUGGAAAGAGGAGAAAGACCAGUCAAUCCGAAGAGGAGGAAGUGCCCCGGGUGUGCAGAGGAGGAAGAGCCACACUGGUGAGCACUCUGACCGACAGGAGGACUGAUGUUGCCCUCAGCAACCAGAACAAGGUGAAGUACAUGGCAACCCAGCUGCUGGCCAAGUUUGAAGAGAAUGCACCCCCACAGUCCACUGGCAUGAGGAGACAGCCAACACAAGAGCGUGGGGUCAGCCAGCCGUCCUGCUGCCUACCUGAGCAGGGUCGCCCUGCUCCCACCCCACAGUGGAAACAGCGACGGGAAAAGGAGCGUUCUCGGACCUGCCCAAAAAAAGUGAUCGCACUCUCUCCAUCCCCUACUCCACCUCCCUGUCGGGCACAUGGCGGCCAGAAGACGUACAGGGAUCUUGAUGCUGACAGCCAUGGCAAGCAGAGUCCCCAUCAUGAGAGGCCAGGGCCUGAACCUUCUCGUCGAUUUUUUGUUGACCAGUGGGAGCUUUCUCUUAAUCUCCGCUCCUCCAGCCGCCCCGCCUCUCCCUCCUCUGACUCCCUUCGACAGAAGUAUAUAAAGAUGUACACGGGUGGAGUGAGCUCAUUGGCUGAGCAGAUAGCCAAUCAGCUUCAAAGGAGAGAACAGCCCAAAACCCUUCUAGACAAGAAGGAACUGGGCUCAAUAAAGAAGGAGUUUCCACAGAACUUGGGAGGCAGCGACACGUGCUAUUUUUGCCAGAAGCGUGUCUACGUGAUGGAGAGACUGAGUGCUGAGGGCAAGUUCUUCCAUCGGAGCUGCUUCAAAUGCGAGUACUGCGCCACCACUCUGCGCCUCUCAGCCUAUGCCUAUGACAUUGAGGACGGUAAAUUCUACUGCAAACCACACUACUGUUACCGACUCUCCGGCUCCACACAGAGGAAGAGACCAGCAGUGACUCCUCUAUCUGGAAAGGCAGCCAGAGGACCCCUGCAGGAUGGCCCCACUGCAGACGCAAAUGGACGGGCCAGUAUCAUCACCAACCCUGCUGAUAGAACUCCAGGUUCGAGUGUGAAUGGCCUGGAGGAGCCCAGCAUUGCCAAGAGACUGAGGGGCACCCCUGAGAGGAUUGAGCUAGAGAACUACCGCCUAUCUGUGAAGCAGGCAGAGGAGCUGCAGGAGGUGCCUGAGGAGACACAGGCUGAGCACAACCUGAGCAGUGUGCUGGACAAGGGCCCGGAGGAGGACGUGGCCAGCAGCAGUUCUGAGUCUGAGAUGGAGGAGGAUGAGGAGGAGCCUCCCCUGCCCACCUCGGACCUGGGUGGCGUCCCUUGGAAGGAAGCCGUAAGGAUCCAUGCUCUUCUAAAAGGAAAGAGUGAAGAGGAACUGGAUGCCUUGAAGAGCUGUGAGCCUGAGAAUGAUGAUGAGGAGGACUAUGACGAGGAGGAGGAAGAGGAGGAUUAUGACGAGGAGGAGUCUAGUGAAGAAGGGGAGUAUUGCCCCUGGGACAGAGAAUUGCAAGGCCAGUGGCUCCAGCGUCUGUCAAAGGAAGAAGAUUCGGGUACAUAUAAAGUAGCUGGGAGCCAGAGGCUACAGCAGAUCAUAAAUGCAGCCAAUCCCUUGGAGAUCCAGGCUGACGUGCACUGGACACAUGUUCAUGAGAAAGAGGAGGAGGAACGAAUGGUACUGACCUCUGAGCCCUCCACUUCUAGAGUUCCUGACCUUCCCUCCAUACGCCGUGCAGCAGUUCAGGCCUGGCUGGAGACAGUGUCCGGAGUCCCAUUUGAUGAGAAUGGCCUGGAGGAAGAUGUGGACUCGGAGCCAGCAGAGAUAGAAGGGGAGGCAGCAGAGAAUGGGGACACAGGUGACACUGGUGCUGAGCUGGAUGAUGAUCAGCACUGGUCUGACAACAUUCCAUCGGAUGCCGAAACAGAGUUUCACAGGCAGCACCUGGAGGUGGUAGAAGCAGAGCUGGAGCUGAAGGUCUCAGAAAACUUGGAGGAGCAACCCCCUGUCACUCUACAAGAUAACAAGAGAGGUCCCUCCCAAGUCUCCAGUCCUUCCCAGCCCCCUUCGGAGCAAGCUUUUCUGUUCUCCCCUAUCCACAGCCCCAUCGCAGAGGUUGCCCAGAUCCCACUCCCCUCUGAGGUUACCAAGGUGAAAUCGCCUGAGGAGCACCUUUUCCCAGAGCUUUUGGUUUCCAAAGCAAAGCCUAAAGCAGAAGUUCCCACUGAUCAGAAAGCUGUACACUCUCCCAUACAGUCCCAGCCAGCAACUCUGCCGGAAACCACAACACCUACCUCCCCAGUUGGUUCACAGGGCCUGUUGCCAUUGGCCACCUCCACCUCCACCCCCACCCAGUUCCCCAUUUGCUCCCAGCCUCAGCCUUCCUGUGAGGCCACUGUCCCAUCCCCCACCAAGUCCCCCAUAUGCUUCCAGCCUGUUCCAGCCAAAACAUCCACCCCCCUGACCUCUCUCCACAUGAAGAACCAAGGGGAUGCCAAGGACAGACUGGGCAGCCCUCUUGCUAUAGAUGAGGCCCUGAAGCCAAACGACCUGGUGGCAGAGUUCUGGAUGAAGAGCGCCGAAAUUCGCCGCAGCCUCGGGCUCACACCAGUCGAUCGGAGCAAGGGGCCCGAGCAUAGCUUCCCCUCACCUGUCUUUAAGUCAUUGUCCCUAAAAUCCUAUUCAGUUGAGAAGUCCCCUCAGGGUGAUGGACUCCAUCUUCUAAAACCUCCACCUGUUCCUAAGAGACUGGGCCUGCCAAAGUCAGAUGGUGACCAGCCCUCUCUGCCAACCCCCAAGUCCCCAUCUGACAGAGAGCUAAAAAGCUCCCAUGAGGAGCGGAGAGACCUGUCCAGCAGUUCUGGCCUGGGCCUUCAUGGGAGCUCCUCCAACAUGAAGACCUUAGGCAGCCAGAGCUUCAAUACCUCGGACUCCGCCAUGCUUACUCCNNCCUCAAGCCCGCCCCCACCCCCACCCCAGGAUGAGGAGCCUGCAACUCUUCGAAGGAAGCCAUAUCAGAUAUAUGGGCAUAAGGAAACCGAGCCCAAGGCCUCAGUGACCCCACCCCCCCCACCUGCCACCUUUAUGCGGCCCCCCCGAGAGCCUGCCCAGCCAUCCUGGGAGGAGGUGCGGAAGUCAUUUGUAGAGAGUGUGGAUGAGAUACCCUUUGCUGACGAUGUGGAGGAUACUUACGAUGACAAGACUGAGGACUCAAGUCUGCAGGAGAAGUUCUUCACACCCCCUUCCUGCUGGCCCCUCUCUGAAAAGCCCCUCUAUCCAUCCCUAGCCAAGGAGAAUGGCAGAUUGCUUACUGUGGAGAGCGGGGUCCAACUUCAGAAGAGGGGGCUACCUAUAGUCUCUCCAGAAGCCAAAGAGCUGGCUGAGGAGCGCAUGCGAGCCAGAGAGAAGUCUGUGAAGAGCCAGGCAUUGAGAGACGCCAUGGCCAAGCAGCUGAGUCGGAUGAAGGAGAUGGAAAUGGGGGCUGGGACAUCCAGGCCCUCAGGAGGCACUUGUUGCAAAGCCUCCUCAAUGCCCUCCAAAUGCAAAGACCUCGGCCUUGAGCCCCCUAAAUACCCAGUCCACAAAGGCCCCAAGGAGCCCACUUUGAAGCACAAAGCCACUAGUGAGGAAUUCCUCUCCCCGAUAUCGGACUCAGGGGCCCCAGAUGGUUCAGUCACCUCAUCCGAGGGCUCCAGCGGGAAGAGCAAGAAGAGAUCGUCACUCUUCUCCCCCCGCAGAAACAAGAAGGAGAGAAAAUCCAAAGGUGAGGGUCAGCCCCUGGAGAAGCACAGCCCAGACCUUCUGGAGGAAGCCGCUGCCAAGCCCAGGUCCUUGUGGAAGUCAGUCUUCUCUGGGUAUAAGAAGGACAAGAAGAAGAAGAGUGACAAUAAGUCCUGUUCCAGCACCCCUUCCAGUGGUGCCACCAUGGACUCUGGCAAGCACAGGAUAUCUCCAAUAGUGAGAGCAGAGCUGCAGCUCCGGCGCCAGCUGAGUUUCUCUGAGGACUCUGACCUCUCCAGCGACGACAUCCUUGAGAAGGCCUCCCAGAAGUCCAGGCGAGAGCCAAGAACUUACACGGAGGAGGAACUGAAUGCCAAGCUGACCCGACGUGUGCAGAAGGCAGCUCGGAGACAGGCCAAGCAAGAGGAACUUAAGCGGCUGCACCGAGCCCAGAUCAUCCAGCGGCAGCUAGAGCAGGUGGAAGAGAAGCAGCGGCAGCUAGAAGAGAGAGGGGUUGCCGUGGAGAAGGCGCUCCGUGGAGAAGCAGUUGAGCCCAGUGGCGGGACUCCACGGCGUAGACCUCUCUCCUUCUGCCCUUGCUGUGUCCAGGAAGGCAUGGGCAAGAAGGAUGACCCCAAGCUGAUGCAGGAGUGGUUCAGGCUGGUGCAAGAAAAGAAUGCCAUGGUGCGCUACGAGUCGGAGCUGAUGAUCUUUGCCCGGGAGCUAGAACUGGAAGACCGGCAGAGCCGACUACAGCAGGAACUCCGGGAGCGAAUGGCAGUGGAAGAUCACCUUAAGACCGAGGAGGAGUUGUCAGAGGAGAAGAAGAUCCUGAACGAGAUGCUGGAGGUGGUAGAGCAGAGAGACGCCCUCGUGGCCUUGCUAGAGGAGCAGCGGCUCCGGGAGAAAGAGGAAGACAAGGACCUGGAGGCUGUCAUGCUAUCAAAGGGCUUCAGCCUGAACUGGUCCUGAGCUCCCACCCACGCUCAGCUAGCUGGUCUGUGGAAUCUGCCUGACCUGCUGGGCUCUCCCAAACCACCUGGGUCCAAGAUCUCAGAAGGCCUGGCACCUCCUGGGAGUUUGCACUCAAAUGUCCACGUGCCUCUUGAAAAGCAGGUCAAGUGUCCGUGCUGUGGGGAACCCCAGGUGAAGAUGAUUAUCUGCAACAGCUCUGUCUCCUUGAAAAGACUUGCCCUGACUUCCCACUGCAGGGAGUGAAGACCAUGGAGUGCAGAGUUAUAAUGUGGGGAAAGAAAGGCCUGCAUGUUCCCUGAAGACUCUCAGUGACCAGCGCCCCUUCUUGUGUAGGCACGUGUGAUGAGAGAAGGAAGCUGAAUCCCCUCUGUCAAAACCACAGCUGCCAGAGUGCACCCCACAGAGAGGAAGGGGCAACUGUCUUCAUGCUCCCUGAAGUGUACCACCAAAGAAACAAAGGAGACACCGAAGAAAACCACUUGUGAACUAAGAUAAGGAGGGGGCCGUGGCCAGUCAGAGUGAUGCCUACCCUGCAUCGCUGGGAAGCUGAAGGGCCCUGGUUUCUGAGUUCAUUAUGCACAUAAGGAGGAUCCAGGAGGGUCUGCUCCCCAGCUCCAUACCACACACUGGACUCCACUUGGCCGAAUGCCCCAGGCCUCUCUGACUAUGGAAUGAGGGCUGUGUAUUGCUGCAUUUUGCUUUUAAUUCACAACCAUUUUAACACUGGAAAAUACUGACUUUGAGAGACAGGGGUGAGGCUCUACGUUCCAAGCCCCCAGUUGACAGACAGGCAUUGACUGUUCAGUGCUUCAGUCGGGGCAGGAGUAAUCCUCCUUGGUGUUUUUCCUGCGUUUGCACAUGAAAUGAAGCUGACAAUCUGGCAAGGCACUCAGCCGCUUCAGACUCUUUUUGUCAAUUAACUUAUUUUUUUAAUACUUGAAAAAAAAACAACACUUCAUUUUUAUAUCUUUACUAGAGACACUGAUCACCUGGCAUCUGGUGUGGGAAUGACAGAGGUGUCCAAACCAGCCUGACUGAACGCUUGCUGCAUCCAUCUGUUCAUUAGCCAGCCUUCUUUAUAGUGUUACCACGCUGGCAUCAGAAAGCAGCUGAGACUCUUGUAGGGGUCCCUGCUCACAGUUCAUCUGUCCCCUCCUGUACUUUGUGUCUGGAUCCACCUCCUUCACCUGGCACUCUGUUCUCACUCUGGCACCAGACUUUAUGUCUACACCACCUACUUGUCAAGGAAACACGUCAGCACUGUUUGAGGCCAGACCAGCAGGCACAGAUUCCAUUUGUCUCUCCCUGUGGGAAUCCUGGCUCUGCAGAACCCAUUUUUUUCAACUUUGGUAUCAGGGUUUGUCACCUCCUGUAGCACACAUAUUAAAGAAAGUUGGGGGUAGGCCCUCUUCCAGGCUGACUGAGACAGUGCCUGGUGGGACCUUGCAACCCAUCUGAUUAGGAUUCCCUCAGCCCAGCCUCAGAUCCAAGCAGAUAAACAUGCAGGUGGGGCCACAGGUAUUGGGGUUUAUGUUGGUCUCCAAACAGAUAACAGCUCCAGCCCAGACCUCCACAGUUCCUGGAUCUUUGUGGGGAGACAAGGGGUGAUAAGCACCAUGCAACUAGCUCCUUGAGCCAAACUGCUUAUUUCUUACAGCGUAGCCACUGUCUAAGGAAUCCUGGUGGGGCACCAUUUGUCCAUCCACAGAAUUAGCUCAUGGUGAGCCCAAGGAGGAGGCCCACCAGUGCCAGGCCAGUCUGCGAGGGUCCUCUAGCCAACUCCUGUGCAGAGGGGCCAGUGUUGAGAGAACAGAGGCCUGGCAACUCUUCAAGGCCACCUGAGGGCAGGACAGAUCAGGUGUCUGUGCUGACCUUGGAACUUCCAUGGGAAACCACACUGUGCCUCAACUUGAACAUCUGUUCUCACUACAAAGGAGCAAAGAACCUGUCUUCUUCACUUUGUCCCAAAGCUGCCAUCUCCCUCAUAUGGAAAUCCAGGAGUUGUGCUGCUGGUAGCCACCACAGCUCUGACUUCUUCACUUCCUGUUUGCAGAUGAGGCAGGCAGAGUCUCUGUUUUUAUUCUCUUUUCUUAAAAGGGGGAGAGAAGGGUGUUCUAGAUUCCAUCUUUAAACCCCAACCUUCCAAUAAAAUUGGACUUGGGACAGGA